ACCUAGUGACGGAGAGAAGAGCUUUGGUUAGCUUCCCUCCUCUCUCGUCGCGAGCACACCGCGCCUCCGUCACGAUGAAGUUCUUCAUUGAUGAUCUCCCCGUCCUCUUCCCUUAUCCUCGUAUCUAUCCCGAACAAUAUGCCUACAUGUGUGAUCUUAAAAAGAGCCUCGAUGCCGGGGGCCACUGUGUCCUGGAGAUGCCUUCGGGUACGGGAAAAACGGUCUCGCUGCUAUCGUUAAUCGUGGCGUAUCAGCAGCACUAUCCCGAGCACAGGAAGCUCGUCUACUGCUCGCGAACGAUGUCCGAGAUCGAAAAGGCCCUGGCCGAGUUGAAAGCCUUGAUGAGCUUCCGCACUAAAGAGCUUGGAUAUACUGAAGACUUCCGCGCGCUCGGAUUAACCAGUCGAAAGAACCUGUGCCUGCAUCCGUCGGUCAAGCGGGAAAAGAGCGGUACAGUGGUCGAUGCAAGGUGCCGGAGCUUAACUGCAGGGUUCGUUAAGGAAAAGAAAGAGCGGGGUGAGGAUGUUGAGCUAUGCGUAUAUCACGAGAACCUCGACCUCCUCGAACCGCAUAACCUAGUACCUCCGGGUGUCUUCACCCUUGAUGGGUUAAGCAAGUACGGUGAAGAACACAAGCAAUGCCCUUACUUCUCGGCCCGUCGCAUGAUGCCCUUCUGCAACGUUAUCAUAUAUUCCUACCACUAUCUCCUCGACCCGAAGAUCGCCGAAAGGGUAUCCAAGGAGCUCUCCAAAGACUGCAUAAUCGUAUUCGAUGAGGCUCACAACAUCGACAACGUCUGCAUUGAGUCCCUGAGUAUCGACUUGACUGAGGACUCACUGCGGAAGGCCACACGCGGCGCGAACAACCUCGAACGCAAGAUCAGUGAGAUGAAAAGCUCGGAUGCUGAAAAGCUCCAGAACGAAUACACGAAGCUGGUUGAAGGUCUCCGAGAGGCAGAGCAAGCUAGAGAGGAGGAUCAGUUCAUUUCAAACCCUGUCCUCCCGGAUGACUUGCUCAAGGAAGCUGUGCCAGGAAACAUCCGCCGAGCUGAACACUUCGUCACCUUUCUCAAGCGGUUCAUUGAAUAUCUGAAGACCCGCAUGAAAGUCACACACACUAUUUCUGAAACACCCUUAUCAUUCUUGACGCACGUCAAGGAUCUUACAUAUAUCGAGCGAAAGCCAUUGCGAUUCUGCGCCGAGCGCUUAACAUCACUUGUGCGCACCCUCGAACUCAUCAAUAUAGAAGACUAUCAACCACUUCAAGAGGUUGCCACUUUUGCUACCUUAGUCUCUACAUACGAAAAGGGCUUUCUCUUGAUAUUGGAGCCUUUUGAGUCGGAGGCAGCCACAGUGCCUAAUCCUGUGCUACACUUCACUUGUUUAGAUGCAGCUAUUGCAAUCAAACCGGUCUUCGAUCGGUUCAGGUCCGUCAUCAUCACAUCUGGUACUCUAUCGCCCCUCGAGAUGUACCCUAAGAUGCUAGGCUUCGAAACUGUCCUGCAAGAGUCAUACAGCAUGACCCUUGCGCGACGAUCCUUCCUACCCAUGAUCGUCACCCGCGGAUCUGACCAAGCCCAAAUCUCCUCCUCGUUCCAGAUCCGCAAUGACCCCGGUGUCGUGCGCAACUACGGAAACAUGGUUCUGGAGUUUGCCCGCAUCACCCCCGAUGGUAUCGUCGUCUUCUUUCCGUCCUACCUCUACAUGGAAUCCAUCAUCAGCAUGUGGCAGGGCAUGGGUAUCCUGGAUUCCAUCUGGAACUACAAGUUAAUUCUCGUCGAGACCCCCGAUGCACAAGAAUCCUCUCUAGCACUGGAGACCUACCGCACGGCGUGCUGCAACGGCCGCGGGGCUCUCCUCUUCUGUGUCGCUCGAGGCAAAGUCUCCGAGGGUAUUGAUUUCGACCACCACUACGGCCGCGCAGUGAUCAACAUCGGCGUCCCCUUCCAGUACACCGAGUCCCGCAUUCUGAAAGCCCGCCUCGAGUUCCUUCGCGAGAACUACCGCAUCCGGGAAAACGAGUUCCUGUCCUUCGACGCCAUGCGACACGCCGCGCAGUGUCUGGGUCGUGUCCUCCGUGGCAAGGACGAUUACGGAGUCAUGGUCCUGGCCGACCGUCGCUUCCAGAAGAAACGCAAUCAACUGCCCAAGUGGAUCAGUCAGGCCAUGUUGGAGAGCGAGACCAACCUCAGCACGGACAUGGCCGUAGCCACCGCGAAGAACUUCCUGCGGACGAUGGCCCAGCCGUUCAAGGCCAGGGAUCAAGAGGGUAUCUCAACGUGGAGCAUAGCGGACCUAGAGAAGCAUCGCGAGAAGCAGAUGCUCGAGGAGGAGAGGAUGCGGCGAGAGGAAGAGCUGACCAAUGCCCGGGCCGCGAAUGGAGGCUAUUAUGGUAGUGGUGGUGGCGGCGGCGGCGGCGGUGCUGCCGCUCCGCCUGACGAUGAGUUUGAUGAUGACAUUGAUGAAGAUCUUAUGAUGUUGGACGCUCAGUGAUUGUUCGCAGGCGCGCCCACUGGUUUCCUUUGCCAUACGACACCUUGACUUAUUUGGGAAGUUCUGUUUACCCCUUGUUUUCGGUCAGGACAAUACUUGCAUAGAUUGCAUGAUACCACGGUUGGUUCGGUGUUGAAAAGGUUGACAAUGUACAAUACGGCGCAGUCAAUAAUGUGGGAAACGACGUUAGAAAACCGACAUACUUCGCCAAUCCUGUUUUUCCUGGUCAAAAGUUCAGACUAUUUAUUG